GCGGGGGUCGUUUGGUGCUGUGUGAACAUAUCGCUGAUUUCUCUUGAUGGAAACUUUCUACAUCAUUAUUUCAUUUUUUUCCUUCGGUCUUCUAACGUAUUCCCUUACAGUCGGGUUUUUUCCUUGCUUUUUUCUAUUCCCUUUCUUCUAUCAGUAUCAUCAGUGCCAUGGGUUUCUUUGAAGUUUAUCUUAGAUUCGUAUUAUAAUGAUGCAUGAGACGCUGGACGACUCGGAAAGUGAUUUGUUUCCAUCUUCGAGUGUUUCCCAGAAUGGCAAUGUUACCAUUGAACCUCCUCAUACUCAUAUACACAUUCUCGACUUGUGUUAAUGCAGAAUUUUCUUUGCCAUCUCAAGUAACGACUUUCAUUCCCUCUUGCGCUCAAGUUUGCUUCGAGUCCUUUGUACAAGACAACUAUCCAACAGAUGUUUGUGGCGAAACACCCACGUUUGACUGCUUGUGUGAAAAUGGUAGCAAGUCUACAUACACGGUGGGAGAGGGGGCAGUACAAUGUAUAAUGUCAGAAGCCAGCGUGGGCUUCUGUAAUGGAGAUGAUUCCUCUAAUGACACAGUACUAAAAGCAUACAAUAUGUGUAAUUCCGACAAAAAUGCACUGCCAAACACACAUAGCACUCUUACAGCAACUCUCGUCUUACAAUCAGGCUCCGCAAGUAUCGUCCAAAUUGCUCCAGUGUCAACGACAAGUGCUAGUGAUUCAAUAGCCACAACUUUACUCACAACUGCACCUACAGCUACAACUAUAGCUACUCCAAGCUCAACCACAAAUUCAAAAUCAUCGACAGGGGUACCACAACCGGCAGCUGCUACGAGUGCCAAUUCAUCACCGGAGAAGAGCAAUCCAGUUUUAUCUACUGCGCAGAUAAUUGGAAUCGUGGUAGCAGGAGUCGGUGGUGUGGUUUUGGUAAUUGGUGCUAUAUUGUUGUGUGCCUGUAUGAGGCGGAAAAGACAAGCAAAUCGAGAUAGUGGGUAUCUCCCAUUCCAGCAAGAACCUUCUCUGAGCAUCAAAUCUCAAUCUCACUUCGGUAUCCCGAAGCCAAUGGCACCAUCACCAGCUUCCAUUUCAACCCGAGGACCAACACCAAUAGGACCAUUUUUGGGGGCUCGAAUGCCUUCGAGAGGGGGCCAGCCAAGCCCCGAUCCUUUCAUUCAAAGGAACGCUAUUCCAGAGAAUAUCGGUCUUGCCAUGACCUCUGAAAGCCCCCAAAUAAAUUCAUUAACCCCUAUAGGUUACACUGAAGAAUUAUUCCAACGUGGCCCGUCUCCACUUUUGCCCGAACGACCAGCUCUCACCCUUCAGGUCCCUUUCCAGCGAAACCCUAACGAGAUCCACACUGCUGCCUAUCUGCAGCCAUCAAGAUUUACGGGCAACAAUCGACAGUCUAUGGAUACACAAUUUGAAGAUGAAGAUUCAUGCAGCACAGCUGUAGCAUCCGAAGCACCAUGGAAUGCGGCCUCCUAUGGGUCCAUAUCAAGAGAGAAGAGUCUCCGACAGCCUGACUCCGCAUAUUAUCAAUCACCUCGCCUCCAAGGUGAACUCUCGCCAAACGAAACAGAACAUAUCAUCGAUUCCUACAAGGAUCCUUCAGUAGAGCCUGGCUUCUACGUACGCCCCCUUAAUCUCCAAAGAAACUUUUCACAACCUCGUCGGCCCGAGAAUGCAAUGAAACCUUCUGUUCAUCGCAAUCCAUCUGCCAAGGAUCCUCUCAGAACAACCUCAUCUGCGCACUCGGCAAAAUCCCACAAUCGUCGACCCUCUUCAAAUGAAGUUGAGAAGCUAAACUCACUCAUGCAAUCUAACCCCUCAUUUCGCCGCGUGCUAGGGAAAUCCGCAUACAAUCCUGUAGGACCAUAUGAUCAAAAUCGUACCUCUAGAGCUUCGAUAGGAUCUAUGACAUCCUUCGAAACCAUGGAUUCUAUCAAUCCUGAGCCCCAAGAGCUUUCUGGCGACACUAACCUUAGCCCUGUCGUCGAAUCUCCAACUGACAAAUCAAACGUUAUCGGUAAAUCACCAGUCAAGUACCCCAAAAUCAAAGGAAAUCCAAGCCAACGCCAUUCUCGUACUCGUACCCGCACAUCGAUCAUAACUAAUUUCCCCGCACCACCACCAAUAUCUAUCGAGUCACCUAUCCGUCCCCCUACCGCCCAAAGUAAUAAACCAUGGCAAGAAGCCGAGAUCGCCGCUCAGAAAACGCGCAUGGCAUCUCUAGGACUAUCACCCGGAAAUUUCCUCUCGCCAGUCUCUCACAACUCUGGUAUCACUAUUCGAAAAAGUAAUGACUUUUUCAGUCCCACCGAUUUGGCAUCAAGGAGUCCUCCACCGCCAAUACCAUUACCCUUACCACCAACUUCUAGACAGAGGGAUGUUAGUCCAAGAACUGUGAAUGGAAUUGGGAGCAAAAGAGGCGCCCCGCCCCCUUCUUUAAGCCUCUCCACUUCUCCAGAAUCAUCACAAAAAUGGAGAGUUCUUCCCGAUACUAAUACCAAUUCUACUACUUCUUCCCACAAGCAAACUUCACCAACCAUCAUAUCUCCACAUUGGCGACCACAAAUACUUACCGGAAUCUUGAGAAAAGAUAGCGUCCAAUCCCUACACAAACCAACCACCACCACCGUCUCCUCCAACAAUAAUCCCUCCCAGCCACUCUCUGUCCCGGCCCACACUUCCAUGGACCCCGAAGUAUCCUCAAUUUACAGUCAAGAAACACGCAAUUUCACGUUCGAUCCGCGUCUUACACAAAUGACUACCAUGUCUGAAAUAAGAGCUCAGGGACAAGCUCCUGUUGAUUCUUCGAAUGAAGAUAUCAAUACAGGUACAGAUACAGAUAUGAAUGGCAGAUCAGUCGUAUAUACUAAAGACGAUGGGUCGGGCGAAACUAUUACUAUCAAUAUUGAUAGUGAUAAUCCCAGCGGUUUACCUAAGACACCGGGUUGGCUGCCGAGAUUGACGCCCACGAGACGGGGGAAUGAUUUAUUUUUGAAUGUGCAAUAAUGUAAAACAUACCAUUUUCGAAGGAGUGGGAAUAUGAGGAUGUGAGCGUGAAAGCAAGUAGGAAAGAGGGCGUCGAUUCAAUGUUUUAAAUUUAUCAGUAGAUAAUGUUUUCCUUUAUAGUCAAUUUUGUACGAGUAUGAGUAUGAGUAUGAGGUUACGCGUCAUAAGAUGAACGGGAUGGAAUGGGAUGGGAUAGAUGCUGGAUCGGGCAUUUUCAGGAACAGACCCCAUAUUCUUUAUUUCUUUUGUUAAAGAAAAUACCCAAGUUAGGAAUGCAGGAUAUGGAGUUACAGAAUCACUGUAGGAGUUAUAGCUGUUAUAGGGAGUGGCGUUAGUUUUGUUGUUACGAUGUACUUGUAGAAAAGGGCCUGGGGAUUUUUUGCAUGUAUUCAAGUCAAGUCAAACCAUGAGACUUGGGGGACAUAUUUGGGGUCUACUGUAUUAGUAGUAGCUAUUUAAACCUUGAUCUGCCAAUGUUGUUACGCUUCUUGUGUGU